AUGGAUUGCCCCAAGACCAAGGGGAUCGAGGCCGCGGUGGCCUGCCUCCCUGACGACGCCCUCGAGGGGAUCCUCUCCCGCCUCCGCGCCAAGCCCCUCUUCCGAUUCAAUUGCGUCUCCAAGGCCUGGUGCGGCCUCAUCGCCGACCGCCUCCGCUGCCGCAAGUUCCCCCAAAACCUAGAGGGUUUCUUCAUCGGCGGCCGAGGUGAGAACUUCGGCGAUUUCAUCGACCUGUCGGGGAGGCCGGUGCCUCUCGUCGAUCCUUCCUUCUCCUUCCUCACGAAUUCGCAAGAGAUUGCGAAGAUCGUCCUCUUGGGUUCCUGCAACGGACUUGUCCUCUUUGGGCACAGGCGGGUUUCAGAUAACUAUGACACACUGGGAUACAUUGUUUGCAACCCCGCUACAGAGCAGUGGGUGACUGUGCCCAGCUCCGGCUGGACUCCAUGGGAAGACAGUGAGGACGAAGAGAACCAAGAUGACGUUCAAGCGGAACGCCUCGACACCUAUUUGAUCUUCGACCCAGCAGUCUCUCCACACUUUCAAUUGGUCCAGUUAUUGUCGCUUGAUCUGUAUGAUUUGGAAGAGGUGCACACCUUCUCUUCUGUAACUGGGGCAUGGAGGCAACAUGAAGGUAUACAUGGCCAGGCAUGGAAGCAGUGGGGUAGUAUGGCAAUGGCCAUAUCUGUGGCGUGCGCCUUUAAUGGAAUGCUGCACAUGAGUAUCCAUUUCCAUGAUAGUAACCUGAAUAUGAUAGUUGCGGUUGAUGGGGAAGGGGAGCCUUUUAAGACGAUGCACUGGCCAGACGAUAGUGGUCGUGUUGUUUUUUUUGUUGGUCAAUCUCAAGGGCACCUGCAUUGCAUGAGUGUACAUACGGGAGACCUUGUCCAGAUGACUCAACUGUCAAUUUGGGUUCUUGAGGACUAUGAUGCGGAAAAAUGGGUUCUGAUCGAGGGACAAUGUGAGCUUCUUCCAGCUGUUUGGAAGAAUGAGAUGCCAUUACCUUGA